GUUCUCUUACAAUGACUGGCGAGUCUGCAAGCAGCUGGACAGCUUCACGCUAAUGUCGGUUCACCCUGGAGCACGUUCCCCGAAGACUGCUCGUUGUUGGAAUGCAGAGCUGCUGUGUUUAUGGCAUGUGGUCUGCACUCCGAAUCAAGUCGAACCGAUGCCUUGGAACGGGGCGGGAGAUGCAGAGCUGAUCGUGGCUGAGGACCAGCUCUUGACGCAGGCGCAACGGCUCGUUUCGUACUACCUGCUCUACGACAUUUACAGGAAUGACCGGGGCACUGAACGGGAGACCGCCACCACUCCCUUCGUGCCACUGGUGGUGGAGAUGUUAGAGACAAGCUAUGAUGGUGUGGAGCGAAAAUUCCUGCUCCAGUUCCUGUCGAAUCCACCGAAGGACCUUCACAAGCAGACCGUGAACCAGUUCGUGCAAAGCUGCGAUCCAAACGACAUUCCAGCCCUUCCAGACCUCGACAUGGUCCGGAGCAUGCACCAGGACGGAGCCCCGGCCGUUAGCGCAAGCGCCGCAUUGGGCAUCCGACCCGUCAUCAAAGAAGCGUCAGACGAACGGUAUUGGGUUCCAUCUCCGCUGCCCCCAAAUAGCUUGGGCGAGGACGUGGAAGAUGUCACUGGGACAGAGAGCAUAGAGCUGAACCCGGAGGAGCUGACAAUGCUUUCAUUGGAACCUUGCUGGGCACGACCCGUGCCGCCGCUCUUGGAGCCGACUGUAGACGAGGUCUUCUGGCUGACUCCACCCCAUCUGCUGUCGGAGCCGCUUUGGGAUUACACGAUGUGUGCAGACACAUCCCUAGGCUCCGAAGUCAAGGAGCUUAUCGCCAAAGCGGUGAAAACACAGUUGCAGCCGCAGCAGAUCCAAAUCAUUUCAGAUGGCCUGGCGCAGGAUGCCAAGCUGGUUUACCAUUGUGGGUUAACGCCCAAAAAGUUGCCAGAACUGGUGGAGAACAAUCCCCAGAUCGCCAUAGAGGUUCUUCUAAAGCUGAUGGGCGGCUCCCAGAUCUCGGGCUACUUCAAUGCUUUGGUCAACAUGGAGAUGAGUCUUCACUCCAUGGAGGCUACGGCUAUGGCAAUGGGGCCUGAGGCUUCAGUAGGCCAAAGUUUCGGAUCCACGAGAGCACUCUAG